AUGUCAAUAGUCAAAAAGACUGAAUAUCAGAAAUCGCAAAAAGAAGUACAAGAGCUUUCGCUCUGUUUCUGCUCUAUGUUGUUGCGUCGAGGAAUUCGGUUGUUGGCCACAGAAUCUGGGAGCAAGACAACAUGGGACCCUCUUCAUUCGCUUGAGCUGAAUCACCCAUCUCUUGUUCUGCUCGAGAAAUGCAACUCCAGGAACCAACUCAAGCAGAUUUUGGCAACGAUCAUGCGUGUCAAUCUCAUAGGCGAUACAUUUCCCAUGAGCCGUCUUAUCUUGUUCUCAGCGGUCACGUAUCCAGAGAACCUCGACACUGCGAAGCUUCUGUUUCUUCAUUUCACUCCAAACCCCAACGUUUUCGUCUACAACACAAUGAUCUCUGCUGUUUCAAGCUCCAAGAAGGAAUGCUUUGCUCUGUUUCACUCUAUGAUCAGGCACAGCGUUUCUCCGGACAGGCAAACGUUUCUCUCCCUCAUGAAAGCAUCGAGUUUACUGUCUGAAGUGAAGCAGAUCCAUUGCCAUAUCAUUGUUUCUGGGUGUCUCUCUUUUGGCAAUUACCUGUGGAAUUCUCUGGCUAAGUUGUACAUGGAGCUGGGAAGUUUGGUUUUUGCGGAGAAGGUGUUCGAUAUAAUGCCUGAACCAGAUGUCAGCUCUUUCAACACCAUGAUUGCAGGUUAUGCCAAGAAGGGGUUUGGUUUAGAGGCACUGAAACUGUAUUAUAAAAUGGUUGGUGCCGGUAUUGAACCUGAUGAGUACGCAGUGUUGGCACUUCUUGUUUGUUGUGGUCAGUUAUCAGAUAUCAGGCUUGGGAAAGCAGUUCAUGGUUGGAUUGAGAGGAGGAUGCCAGGUUCUUCGUCAAAUUUGAUUCUGAGAAAUGCUCUUUUAGACAUGUAUUUCAAUUGCAAAGAAUCCGGUCUUGCGAAAAGAGCCUUUGAUACGAUGAAGAAGAAGGACAUGCUUUCUUGGAACACCAUGGUUGGU